GGGAACAUCAAAGCUCCUCAUACUUGGAUGGCGCGAAUAUCCUCUCGUGCAGACGAUUGAGCUCUCUUUGGAGCUCCGACUCGCGCGACCUAGAUGCAUCAACACAUUCAUCACCACAGCAUCCACACAACCGCCCGCCCGCCCGCCAGCCGCUCACCUGCUACGUGCGUCGUCCUGAAUGCCGUCAAGUCUCCUUCUAUCCGCAACCGCAACAUCUGGCCUGCGUGGCAGAUUGGCAUACGAGAGACAGAGGAGACAGGGACUAUUUAUUACAGACAUUUGUCUUCUCAUCCCGUGUCUCGCGUACGGAGAGCUUGUCCUCAGUUUGGCGUAGAGCUUGAGUGUCUGCAGCUCGUGGUCCUCCUGCGAUGCGAACAGAUCCAGCUGAAGAGAAAAGCUCGCAGUAAGCACACCGGCCAUUUCAUGCGCCCCACAGACACGCCACGCCCCUCAACGCUACGCAGAGGUUUGUGUCCAUGCUCAUGACAUACGCACCCUCCCGAACACACACCAGCGACGUCUCCACAUCGCCCACACCCUUCAUGAUGUCCAUCUCCUCCGCCGCAGGCAGGCCCUUCUGCGACAGGGCGGUCAUCAGGGAGUUGACGCGCUUUUUCAGGUCAUCGCGACGGCCCGCCCAAUAUGAGGUCAGACGCCUGCAGAAGACAGGCCCUUUGUUUUUUCUCUUCUUGGUGUCGAGGGAGGCAUAUAUCUUUCUGCUGACUCUCUGUGUUGAUGGAGGGCGUCUGGCAGAGGCUCUUCGCUUCUGGUCUCUGUCUGAGAAGCGCCAGUCGUCUCCUCCUCGCCCCUGCCCCGCCACUUGGAUGUCUUCUCGUCCAGCUCCCUGCAUGAUACGUACAUGCAAUCGACACACAUGUGAAUGCAUUCAUUGGUCGCCACUAUCUGUCUGAGUCGCAUGCACUGACUUCUGCGACAGUGCGAUGAGGUCGGUGAGCUCCUGCAGGCGGUCAGUGACGCCAUCCAUUCGUGCCUUGUCCGACCUGCACCCGGCAGAUGGGACCCAUGUGUGACAAGACGACACACAGUGCUCAUGGCCGGGCCUGAUCACCUGUCGGUGUUGAGGAUGAGAUGGGUGAGUGUGUCCAUGAGGUAGGCGUGUUCGGCAACCUUCUCAGCGUGGCUCUGCAAGGCAUGAGGGCAGUGCAUAUUCCACGCAUUGGUUGGACAGGGACGCGUCUUACCUGUGCCAGCAUCCGCAGGUCGGCCACGUCGUCCUUUGAGGCGCCACCAUCUAUUGCAGGCUUGACAAACGUGUCAUACACCUCCUCGCCCUUCACCUGCAGAUACUUGCCUGCGCAGAGAAAAAAGGCAUAUGGACCUCUGUGCUUCGCAUAUCUCACUCUGCACUGGGGUCGACGGAGAAGGCGCUGCGGCGACGGAGCCCAGAAGGGGCUGGCUGAUAAUGAACGCGAUCACUGCACGCGACACCAUGAUCUUCG